ACUGUGCGUCUGCGUCCAUGCCCACACGGAAUUGAAAUGGCGGAGGCUACGGACAGAAUGGAGGUAAGCGCAGUGGUGUGGUCGAGUCGUGGUUUAAGACAUUUAAACGAAAUAUAAUUUGUUUCUGUAGCUUAAAAUGUAAGUAUUUUCACUAAGCUAAAUUAACUAUAUUUCCAAUAUCAUUGUAGGCCGCAGAGCCUGCUAGUUGGCUAGUUCAGAGAACACACGCACUUUACUAGUAAAGCAUCCAUUUUAGCCAGGCACCAUCUAACGUACACUGUAAGGCUCAUUCAUUUCUCGUCACGUGUUUGCUAGCACAGCAAACUCUUACUGUGUAUAUGCGGUUGUCAUGUAAUUGUAGUUACUGAAUUAUGAAUGGAUUUGGGAAAUUGUUUAGUAAUGGCAAGUAUAUGUGGUGUGAUAUAAUCUUUAUGAAAGCCAUCGCUAGCUCGCGCUUCGGGGAGAGACCGCAUGGGUGCUAGGUUAGCAAUGCUAACUAGCAUUUCACAAGUCACAUCUGGCACACUUUGCCAGCAUUUGAUUUAAGUAGCCCAAGGUCCGUUUUUAAUCCAUCAAAUUCGUUCCGAUAACUAAAUACAAUUAAUAAUUGUUAGCCAUUGGUGUUAGCUAUAAUCUGUGCUGCUAACGUUACCCAUUCGGCAGCCCGGCAGGAGCUAUUCACCACUUUCUUAACUACACAACUUAGGUAGUUUAUGGCCAGCCAAUUGCUUGAAUAAAGCAUGGCUCAUUUAAUUAGGGGAGCUCGCUAGUAACGUUAUGUUCAUUGCGCGCCAUUCGAGUAACUAGUGGUUUUUACGUUUAUUUGCUGUCCCAACGUUACAUGUAAGUAAGUGAAGGCCUAAAUCACCAUGUGCUUUCUCUCUCGCCCUUUGUGCUCGGAGAAAAGAAGGCUUCAUGCACUACACUGAACUUGUGUUUAGCUACAACUACGUGAACUUAACACCACACACCCGUACUCGGAAAUGUAAAUAAGUCGUUGGAAGUAUUGUCCUAUGAACAUAAGUUUAUACGUUUUUGAACAACUUAAAGUAAUUACUUAACACACUAUUCACAUCUAUUCAAGAAUUUUUUUAUCAGCACGUUCUGCCUGGCUGCAACUGAUUUGGAUAGGGAACUUUCAUACAUGUCAAAUGGUCAUUGUUGCCAGUCUGGGGCUGAUUGUGACUGGUAUCUCUUUUGGUGAGAUUUCUCAGGGGGAGAACUCGGCCAAGCCUGCAGCAGAAGACAUGACUUCUAAGGACUAUUACUUUGACUCAUACGCCCACUUCGGUAUCCACGAGGUAGGUAUCUUUGGGGAAAAGGGGAUUGAUUUGUCAUACAUUUAAAUGUUUAUUUGGUGAGAAAAUUUAUACCACAACCAAAAUGUGUAAAGACCCAUGCCACACUGAUAUAAACAGAAUUUUGGUCAGCACAUAUGUGCCAAAAUACAAUGGGGCUAAUAAUAGAGGCUGAGUGGUACAGUGUCAAAUGCUCCCCCUCGUGUCCUGCUCUGUAGGAGAUGCUGAAAGAUGAGGUGCGCACCCUGACCUACCGGAACUCAAUGUUCCACAACAAGCACCUGUUCAAGGACAAGGUGGUGUUGGACGUGGGCAGUGGAACUGGCAUCCUCUGCAUGUUCGCAGCCAAAGCUGGGGCCAAGAAAGUCAUAGGAGUAAGUACCCCCACCUUGUUUGCAAACAGGGAAGAGACUCAUACAUACACACCUCAUUUACUGCCAUGCACUGUCAAUAGUCUGUAGUACUUUUAGAACUUGUGAUGCAGCUUCACCAUUCUCUACGCUACGUGUGACAUGUUCCCAUUGUCAUACCAUAUUGUGUAAGGCAUACAUCUUAAUCUGGCACAGAUGUGAAUGCUUUGCAUCAAGACCUGUUUUACUUGCUUUAUCAUAAUGAACAGAACACAUAGAAAGCCCAUGAGUUCCCAGUAGACUUCAGUUGCCUUGAUGGGAGCGCAAAAGGUUCUGGUUAGUUGUCAUUACUUGAGACCCCCAAAGGCCUGCUCUCUAACUUCCGCUUUUGUGUUUUCAGAUUGAGUGCAGCAGUAUCUCUGACUAUGCCGUGAAGAUCGUCAAGGCCAACAAAAUGGACCACAGUAAGUCAGUACUUUCCCCCCUGCCAUGUUUUCAGUCACCCGUACAAUGGUUCAACCUGGCUUGAAGGAAUGUUGUGGCUAUUUAGUUGUAACUCAUCCCUCUUUUCUCCCCAUUCAGUUGUGACCAUCAUCAAGGGGAAGGUGGAGGAGGUGGACCUCCCUGUAGAGGGAGUGGACAUCAUCAUCUCAGAGUGGAUGGGCUACUGCCUCUUCUACGAGUCCAUGCUAAACACUGUCAUCUACGCCAGGGACAAGUGGCUGGUAUGUUCCUGCCUGUAUAUUUAAUUAGUAUGUUAUGGAAUAUGCUUGUUUGAAUGUCUAUUCUGAAAUCUUCAGGGACAAGUGAGAGGUGUUAGAAACUCUGUUUGGCCAUAUACCAAGGCUUUUAGGAGAUUCAGUUCCUGACUUGCUGUGGAAUUGGCCAUAAAGUAAACAUCAUUCCAGUGGGUCUCGCCAGCACCAUGCUGGGGUGACUUAUUGGGAACAUUUCAGCUAUAGCACUGGUGUGAACUCUAUAAGAUUAUGUUUUGCCUCACCUGUUGUCCUUACAUUUGAGUCAUUUAGCAGACGCUCUUAUCCAGAGCGACUUACAGUUAGUGAGUGCAUACAUUUUUCAUACCACCAUGGUUAACUGUGUGCCGUAACUAUUCAGUCCGAUCAAAUGAUGUAUCUGUGAAGUGUAUUGGAUUAGUGUUAGACUUUCUGUCUGCAGUUGGCUUCCCUCUUUGGAGGCGCAACACCCCACGCAGACUGGCGUGCACACCACCAGCAGUCAUUGUGCCAUGAUUCCACACAGCUGCUACUAUACGUCAGGCCUCUGAAUAGCCUGCUAAUCUGUCAUUCCCAAGAGUAUUAACCCGCCAUGCUCUUUUCCCCUCUCUCCCUUUCUGUCUCCCAGAAACCAGAGGGCCUGAUUUUCCCAGACAGGGCUACCCUGUACGUCACAGCCAUUGAGGACAGGCAGUACAAGGACUAUAAAAUCCACUGUGAGAAUUCCUCUAAAUUUUGGGGUAAUGUAGUUGGUGUGAUUUGGCCAGCGUUGUACCCAUGUUUUUGGUUGGAGAGGAGUUAGUCAGGGGACUUUGUUUCAGGUUGGAUUCUGUGAUCAGACUGUCACAGCCCUUAUCUAACAGAUUCAGUUAACUCUCACGGUUGAGCCAGUCAAAGGAGCCAAAAGCAUCGGUUUUACCGACUGUCAUCAGCAACAAUUUGGGAAAUAACAUUUACUUGUACUGUUCUUGUAUUAAGAUCACUUUAUUGGUCAAUUGCACACAAAGUCCAACUAAAAUUUGACUUUUGCGUUUAACCGAACCCCUCCGAAAAAUACAUGCACAGGUUUUGGAGAGGUGCGGGGGAAUGCCACUCUAGGUGCCCGGGGAGUUAAGUGCCUUGCUCAAGAGUGCAAUUGCAUCUAGGAUUUGAUACCAGCGACCCAAUUGCUGGCUUGCCUCUAACAGUUAAGCUACUUGCCCCCUCUGUAAUAGUUAGCUAGAGCAGAGUUGAUAUGGCUAACUAGUCUGGAUGUUGAAGUAAAAGGAAAUACUAAUGACUGGCCAACAAUUUAAUAUAGUUACUUUUUAAACUUGCCGUCUGCCCAGGUGUGGUGGUAACCCCCUAUAUCUUCUCUAACAGGGUGGGAGAACGUCUACGGCUUUGAUAUGUCCUGCAUCAAGGAGGUGGCCAUCAAGGAGCCCCUAGUGGACGUGGUGGACCCCAAACAGCUGGUCAGCAGCGCCUGUCUCAUCAAGGUGAGUCAAUCACACUCAGCAGCCUCCCCCAAUGCACACAGUUCUGUGACCCCCCCCCCCCCCCCCCCCCCCCCCCUUGGAAUCUGGUUAUGGUUACUUGACUGACCCUAUUGUGACUUUUUGUGUCGGCACCACAUCUCCCGUUCGAACAGAGGAUUUUGCAUUUGUCAUCUGAGUCUCACGUUGUCCCCCCCUCUCUACAUUGUCCCCAGGAGGUGGACAUCUACACGGUGAAGAUCGACGACCUGUCCUUCACCUCGCCCUUCUGCCUGCAGGUGAAGAGGAAUGACUACAUCCACGCCCUCGUCACCUACUUCAACAUUGAGUUCACGCGCUGUCACAAGAGGACGGGCUUCUCCACCAGUGAGUCUUUAUGCUCAGUCCCCCCCCAGUAAACCAUAAUAGAUAUGUUCACUGAAUCCUCAUAAAUGAAGUCUAUGGUAAAUGACAGCACACACGUAUUCUUCAAUAAUUGAGAGAAUAUAUUUUCUAUGACUUUUUAAGGGCAAUUUUUCUUCUGUUAUGUGAAGUCAUAUUAAACCUGUCCCGUUUCUCCUCUCCCCAGGUCCAGAGUCCCCCUACACCCACUGGAAGCAGACGGUAUUCUACCUGGACGACUAUCUGACUGUGAAGACUGGAGAGGAGAUUUUCGGGAACAUCAACAUGAAGCCCAAUGUCAAAAACAACGUAAGAAAGAGUAAAAACCUCUGUCUAAGUUUGUAGGAAUACCUUUAAGUCCAAGUUUACCCUUCCUAUUUUGCCUGGGUAUAAUUUUCCCAAACUAGAAAUGAUUACUCCGAUCUGUUCUGUCCCAUGGUGUUCUGUGGUUUAAAGCUGAGUGUGUUUCCAGUGUCCUCUUUUAACCUGUUUAUGUGUCUGUUUCGCUUGCAGAGAGACCUGGACUUCACCGUUGACAUAGACUUCAAGGGUCAGCUCUGUGAGGUGUCCAAGACCUCAGAGUACAGAAUGCGUUAGGUGCCCCCUUCUCCUACACCCCAUUGUGUGUUUGUGAAAGGGAGUGCUGAAGGAAGAUCAGGGGUCAGUGUGUGUGUCUGUAUGAUCACUUCUCAUCCUCCAGAACUUGACUAGUACUCCUAAGCAAUGUCUGAAAUAUUGUAUUUCUUUCUUGUAACGUUUGAUCUGAUGUUUAAAACAACUAAAGUACCAGUGGAAAGACAUGGCAACUCAUUGUGCAAGUGUCACUGAAAUGGUGUUUGUUUUUACAUGUGCUUAUGUUCAGCUCGUGAUCUUAGCCUGUGCUUAAACUCAAUGCGUGCGCACACACACUGACCCCCUCACCUGCCUGUACAUAGUGUUAUUGUUCAGUCACUUUGGCCUCUGUUGUACAUUCACGGAUCUUGUUGACAUGUCAGAACCCCCCCUCCCCCUGUUUUCAUAAGAAGCGCCUCCUGUGACUGGUUUCUGUCCCCUCCCCCCGCC